AUGUACGUUCAAUCUCACCCUGAGGCUAUGGAAACAUCGCUGAUACUUGCAGACUACCCAAACGCAUGGAACAAAAAGAGUCCUAAGAACGGCUUUGUAUGCCUCAAAGUCGACAACAGCACACCCUCUUUCUCCGCAACGUGGGACUGGCCCAAAGACAUCCAAGACGUACACUCCUUUCCCUAUGUGCGCUUCAACAACCCGAAUCUUCCCAUACGCAUCAGCGAUCUAGAGUCAAUCCGCUUAUCAACAGACUGGAUCUACACACCCGGCAGUCCUAAGCAAAUACCGGAUGACUUUAGCAAUGAUGUUUGGGCGAAGAAUAAAGCAGAGUUAGCGGGGGAGGGCGUUCAGGCGAAUGCAGCGUGGGAUUUCUUUCUGGAUGAUGAUAGGAAUAGAACGCUUUAUCCGCAGGUUGCUGCUGUGGAAUUUAUGGUUUGGUUGGGAAGGGUGGGGGAUCCGUGGUGGCUUGGGAGGCAGAAUAAUAGUAUCUUGUCGAAUGUGACGCUGGGGGAGACAGAGUUCUCAUUAUUCUAUGGCCGAAACUCAGGAGGAACACACGUCUUUACUGCUGUUACGAAGGAUAAUAGUGACGUAUUAUCCUUCGAUGAGGAUUUCUACCCGUUAUUUCAGUACAUCCUCGAACAAGCACACAAACACAUCGACGCAGAUGAUCUACCGAAAGAUCCAUGGUUAGGAAUCAUUGAGUUUGGAACAGAGACGUGGAUGUCAAGGGGCAAUGCUACGUUUACUGCUGCGAAUUUUGGGAUGAGUUUGAAGGGAAACUUUACGGGUGAGAGGAAUUCUACGAAGCAGGGAGAUGAUGAUAAGGAUAAGGGCGAUAAGUCUGGUAGUGAGAAGGGAGGUUAUAAAGGCAGUGGGAAUAACUUGACGGACUCAAAGGGUGAUGAAGAAGAUCAUGCUGUGAGGUUGAUGAGUCAAUCUGUGCUGGGAUAUGUCAUGGCAGCGGCCCGCCUCAGGCGCGCCAUCCACGCCCUACCCUUCCUCUUCAUAACAGCCAUUAUGUCCCGCGCCUUCGCAAUGGCAAAGCCCAUCGGCCCCAUAAUCGAAGAAACCCUGCAAACCUCCAUCUUCAUAUCACAAGACGUGAGCGUACCCAUCAUCAAGAACUUUUACGGUGUACCUAUUUUGGAUGAUAUUUUCGCUGUAGUAACUAUUGCCUUUGCGCAUUUGCAGUUCUUUACCGAUGAGGAGGCGUAUUGGCAGUUGUUGGUGUUUUUGACGGAUUUUGCGGGGAUGUAUGCUGUUGUGAUGAUUGAGGGAUAUAGGCCGGGGAAUACGUUUCCUGUGAUCAAGUACCCUGUUGUUUUCUUAUUUCUGUCUCAGAUGUUUGGAAUUGGCUGUCUUGCACCUAUCUUCUUCUUCCUGUUCUACAUAUUUACGCCUGCUCACAAACUUACAACACCGAGUCUGUACCGUCCUGGUGUAGCGCCUUGUAUGGCUCUUUUGCCUACUAUUGUGCUGGGGUAUUAUAUCACGCACUUUCCAUCCUUCUUUCACUCUUCUCUCGAAGCAAGAAAUUGGUGGAACUGGAUUUGGCAACUGUUUCCUAUCUGGGGAUCCGUCAUCAUGUUCGUGUUGUCUAAGAUGAUUCCUCAGCCGAAGGAGCAGACGUCAAAAACACGGAAGCAAGAGCUUAACGCCAUUCGAUUCACAAUCGGGGUUAUCAGUAUCAUAAGCACGGCAACUUGGUGGUAUACCAUUCUCGACAUGGACUCUACCAUCAUCGGCGUCUUUAUUCCGCAGCAUUUCCUCACCACGCCACAAGACCCAAUCCUCGGACUUCGAACUGUCAUACAAUUCGAUUACAUAUGCUGUUACGCAGCUGGAUUUCUCUGGUUGGCGUACCACUUUAAAGAGCUUGAGAAUGUUGGAGUCUGCAGUAUCUCAUGGAUUCGGGCUGCUUGCGCUUCUGUUAUGCUGGGAUGUUUGCUUGGGCCGGGAACAAUGUUUCCUCUGAUUUGGCUUUUGAGAGAGGAGUUAUUGGUUGCGACACAGACUGGCAUAAAGAGAUCGGGAAAUUAG